GGGAGUAGUUUGUCCGCUCGCCGCCACCGUCCGAGUUAUUAGUCUCCGAGUUCCAGGCCAAGGGAGCGUGCGGUGUGCGGGAGCCGGCUGGCGUUGCCGGCACCAUGGAGUCGCCUCUGAGCCCGGGCCUCUGUCACCGAGCCGACGAGGACUGGGAUUCUACCCUCUUUGCUGAACUUGGCUAUUUCACAGACACUGAGGACCUGCAAUUGGACCCAGCAAAGGAAACUUACGAAAACAAUUGUGAUACUCUUGAUUUUGACUUGGACUUGAUGCCUUGGGAGGCAGGCGUCUUGGACAUCAAAAACGAGUUCUGUGCAGAUGUGAAGGCCAAACCUCAGCCACUUUCUCCAGCCUCCUCGAGUUGUUCAGCCUCCUCUCCGCAGUUAGUGGACUCUUACUCUUCAACCCAGCACGUUCCUGAGGAGUUGGACUUGUCUUCCGCUUCCCAGAUGUCCCCCCUCUCCUUGUACGGUGAAGGCUCGCAGAGCCCCUCCGCAGAGCCCCUGCGAGAGGAUAAGCCCGUCGUCAGCCCGAGGAGCAGAGCUGAAAAUGGACUGACCCCAAAGAAGAAAAUUCAGAUGACUUCCAAACCGUCAAUUCAGCCCAAGCCUUUAAUCCUUCCAGCAGCGCCCGAGCCCCAGGCCAACGCCGGCAUCCCAGCGAAAACCGUCAUCAUCCGGACGCUGCCGGCCCUUCUGCCGCUGGCGAAGCAGCAGCCGGUGAUCAGCAUACACCCUGCGCCCGCUAAAGGUCCGACGGUAGUGCUCUCCCCGCCCGCCGUGGUCCAGCUCCAGGCACCCGGAGUCCUGCCCUCUCCCGCCCCGGUCCUUGCUGUUGCCGGGGGAGCCGCGCCGCUCCCUAAUCACAUGGUGAAUGUGGUGCCGGCCCCGGUGGCCCACAGCCCGGUGACUGGAAAGCUCUCUGUGACCAAACCUGGCCUCCAAAGCACCGUGAGAAGCGUGGGCUCGGAUAUUGCUGUUCUGAGGAGGCAGCAACGGAUGAUCAAAAACCGGGAGUCCGCCUGCCAGUCUCGCAAGAAGAAGAAGGAGUACAUGCUGGGCUUGGAGGCCAGGCUGAAGGCCGCGCUCUCGGAGAACGAGCAGCUCAAGAGGGAGAACGGCUCGCUCAGGAGGCAGCUGGACGAGGUGGUGUCAGAGAACCAGAGGCUCAAAGUGCCUAAUUCGAAACGAAGAGCUGUCUGUGUGAUGGUGGUGUUGGCGUUCAUAGUGCUCAACUAUGGGCCCAUGAGCAUGUUGGAACAGGAUGCCAGGAGAAAGAAUCCUAGUGUGAACCCCGCAAAUCAGAGGAGGCAUCUGCUAGAAUUUUCUGCUAAAGAGGUGCAAGACACAUCAGAUGGUAUCAUCCAGAAAACCAGCUACAGAUACGACCAUUCUGUCUCCAACGACAAGGCCCUGAUGGUGCUGAGCGAGGAGCCGCUCCUCUACAUCCCGCCGCCGCCUUGCCAGCCGUUGAUCAACACCACAGAGUCGCUCAGGUUGAACCACGAGCUCCGAGGCUGGGUCCACAGGCACGAGGUGGAGAGGACCAAGUCCAGAAGAAUGACGAACCAGGAGCAGAAGACCCGCAUUCUUCAGGGUGCUCUGGAACCGGGCUCAAAUUCUCAGCUCAUGGCUGUCCAAUACACAGAAACCUCUAGGAUCAGCAGGAACUCAGGGAGCGAGCUGCAGGUGUAUUAUGCGUCACCCAGAAGUUACCAAGACUUCUUCGAGGCCAUCCGCAGAAGGGGAGAUACGUUCUAUGUCGUGUCCUUUCGAAGGGACCACCUGCUGCUGCCGGCCACCGCCCAUAACAAGACCACGAGACCCAAGAUGUCCAUUGUGUUACCAGCAAUAAACAUAAACGAGAACGUGAUCGACGGGCAGGACUACGAAGUGAUGAUGCAGAUCGACUGUCAGGUGAUGGACACCCGGAUUCUGCACAUCAAGAGCUCGUCCGUCCCGCCGUGCCUCCGGGGCCUCCGGGGCCAGCAGAGGAAUCAGACCAGCACCACCUUCGGCUCCGCUCCGGCGGCCACGGAGGCGGCCCACGGCGUCCACACCAUCCCGGAGUCGCUGCAGUAGUCCUCUGGGGCCGCGAGGGACCGUGGACUCUGCCGGACCCAAGAGCGGGGCGACUCGCGCCCCUGCCCGGCUUCUCACAAUGGGGCUCAAGGGCUGGAGAAAAGCCAUUUCUCACCGUCUGCCCUGCACUGAAAUCCAGGCCCCGGGGACGCGGUGUUUCCGUGGCAGCUGUGACCCCGGACUCCGGUGCUGCCCGGGCGGGCUGUCGGCUGUACUUCCUAAAUAGCUUUUUCUUCCGUGUG